UGUUAUGCCAUCCCCGAUACAUUUCCUUGCUAGGAAAUACAUCGGGAGUGUAGCGUGUGCCGAUUGAGCAGCGAAAUGCGGGCAGCGUGAUUGAAGCCGAUAACCUUUUCUCGUUUUGUGUUUUGUAGCGGCGUAUGACGAUCGAGUCUCUUAAGUGGUUUGCGGUGUCCGGUGACGAGCGGCUUCCGUAUGUUACGCAAUGAGCGUGACAGUGACAGAGUGACUUCUCGCCGAUAAAACAAGCUGGUUCGGCUAGCUAGCUCCGUGGGCUAAGCUUGAAAGUCAGCCGAGUGAGCCGACCGGGCGGAUCGUCGCUUGACUUUUCAUCAGUUUGUUUCCCCUACCGUGACCGCAAAUGGCUUUGACGACAGCGUUAAGGAGAGUGGCUCACGUAAGUGUACGGGACUGGAGGACGACGGCGGCGGCAGCAGCAAGUUGGGGUGCCCGGCUGACUGCUCGGAGGAGUUUUAGCAGCGGCGCACAGUGUUUAAGGUCGGACAGCAAGGUGACCGUCCACUUCGUCAACAGAGACGGGGAGAAAAUCACAGUGAAGGGGUCCCCGGGAGACUCGCUGCUGGACGUCGUCAUUAACGAGGACCUCGACAUUGACGGCUUUGGAGCGUGCGAGGGAACCCUGGCCUGCUCCACCUGUCAUCUGAUCUUUGACGAGGACGUCUACAAGAAGCUGGGCCGAGUCACAGACGAGGAAAUGGACAUGCUGGACUUGGCUUACGGCUUGACCGACACAUCUCGUCUGGGUUGCCAGAUCUGCCUGACCAAGUCCCUGGACGGCAUGGUGGCCAGGGUUCCAGAGAGCGUGGCGGACGUCCGACAGAGCAAAGACGGAUCGUCUUAACCGGAAACCCGCGAGACGGUGCGUCACUCCCCGGUCACAACCGAGGCGGCGACGGGUGGUAGGUGUCGUUCUGCCGCGCUGUCGUCUCCCAAGUCGCAGACAACCACAGCCAGCGCUCCGUGACCAGGUCGCAACGGUACAGCACGACGACGCCAGCAAAGACAAAAUCACUUCUGAUCAAGUACAACUGCAACUUGCACUGUUGUCCAAUAGUUACAAAAGUCAAAUCAUUAAAAACUAAAGACAAACCUGGAA